AGAACGCGUGUUUACGUUUGUGUUUCUCUAUUCUUUGGCUUACGGCUCUUCCGCCUCUUGCUCUUCUGCGCGUUAGCCGUGUCCACUGGGCAGCUGAUUUCGUGUUCAGUCGUGUUUGUUUUGACUCAAUAUAAAUAAAAAGUAUCGUUCAAUAUUGUUCUGAUGACGUUUUACUGGAAAAUAUCAACUGCGCUUGAUUGAAUUGAUUUCUUGAUCGAGGUGCUGCAUGCACAGUAAAGAAUUUAAUGAUGAGUACACCGCCUGAAAAUGCUCGAGCCCCAUUUACGCGAGAUGAUUUGACAUGGAGUAUGUGUGAAGUAGAUCCCGCAACAAAAUCCUACAUUGCAUCCGAGGAUCAUUUGCAAAGUUUGGGCUUGACUGUCGACAACGGUAAACCGAGAUUUAAGUUAAACGAGCCCUGUCUGAGUCUUGCGGCCAGCAGUAUUUGUGCCCCAAGUACAGUAGAAGAUUAUAAUUCUUCUCAAUCUUUCGUUGUUUUGAGCCAUCCGUCAUUGGAAGCCGUCCAGGUACAAUCUUUGGCCAAUUAUGAAAAAAUCCAAGAGAAGACGGCCUCGAUCGAUUACAACUCUGUAAUUUGCAACAUGAGUCCUAUUGAGAUUGAAAACAAACUCUCGGAAAUGCUACUUGAAAAUGUAAAGUUGAAGGAAACUCUGGCGGAAAAUACAGAAGCCAUGAAGAAGCAGUUUAAUUCUUUGGCUACCUUCCAAGAAGAAGUGUUUAAUGUUCACCAGAAUCAUAAGCAAAAGUUUGCUGAGACUCGCGAAUUGAUUAAUCAGCUCAAAAAAGAAAAUUUCGACCUUAAGAUGCAAAUUUCGGGCGAGGAAACCAAACCAGUGACACCUGUAUUCGAGUUGAAAAAGACAACUGAAAAUCAAAGUCUACAAACAAGCGUCUCCGACUUAUGCAAUUGCUCGUCUCGCCAACUAGAGCUCGAAAAAUUGUUAGAAAAAACGUCCCAGGAAUCAACAGCAAACAAAGGAAAAUUUGAAAUCAUGAUGAAAGAAUUGGCCGAAGCCAAAGAGCUAAUUGACAGACUGUCGAGGGAAUUGGUAACAUGUACACGUACUCCCGAGAAAGUAAUAAAAGAAUUGACAGAGUCGAAUGAAAAUUACAAGAAAGAAUUGGCUGCAUCCAAAGAGCAUUGCGAAAAAUUAUCCGAAGAUGUCGAAAAGUACCUCAGCCUUUCGAAUUUAAUGAGACUGCAAUUGAAGCAAUAUAGUGAGAGUUCCAAGAAAUCGGAAUCGAUGUCAGGAAUGGAUAGGUCGAGCAAUUCAAGCGACUUUAUUGUUUACUGUCCCUCUCCUGUGAAAAGUGAUGAUUCUCAAAAUUUGAUCAAAGAGUGCUGCGAAAAAGACAAAGAAAUUAGUUUCCUAAGGGAGCUGGUCACGAAUUUAGAGCAACAGAUUGUAUCCAUCUGCAAAGAUGUUUAUAUUCCGAUUCAACCUUCCGUGGCUCAAGAACAAACAGAUACCCUGAUUUCCCGAUCAGAAGCUCGUCAGCAGUUGAUUCAAGGCGUGAAAUCCUACUCUGAAAAAAUGGAAGAUCUCGUCGAUUCUUUCUCCCUUCAAUCUUCCCGCUAUGUUCGCAUUCAAGAGUGCUUGAAAGAAUGUGCCAACAUAUUGCACAAUUUUGAGACUUCGUCGGAAAACGAAGCUUCAGCAUCAGACAAUUCAGCUCUCGCGACCUAUCGCAAUAUUUUGACCGAGUGUCGAAAAAAACUGGUGGAUGAACAGCUGGAAAAUAUCGCUGAUAGGCAAAAGUGGAUUAAGGUUCAAGAUCAGCUUCAAAAGAUAUUCUCUGAUUAUAAAUCCGCUCUCUACGAAUUGGAGAUAACUCAGGAGGAGAAUAAGAAGUUGUCGACGAUUCACGAUAAGAACAUAGAGGAGAGGCUUCAGCAAGCCAAGGACCUUGAAAAACUUCUUGCCGAGGAGAGAAAAGCUCUUGACGAAGCAAAAUCGAGCCUUACACUUGAGAGAUUAGCCCUUUGUGAUGAGAAGAAAUCAGUGGACGAACUCAGAGAAUCGAUUGUGGCUACUCAAAUUAAUUAUAACGCGAAUUUGGAAAAGCUGGAACAGGAGAGGUUGAGUCUUGUUGAUGAAAAGUCAGCAAUUGAUAGGCAAAGCAAAUUGUACGAGGAUCAGGAAAAUGCUUUGAUGACGGAGAAGAAGGCUCUGAUGAGGAGGUGCGAGGAGUUUAGUGAGAGGGUUUCUUUGUUGGAACAUCAGCUUAAGAAAAGUUGCGAACUUGGCGCUUCGGAUAAAGAAGACCUGAUGGUUCUCAGAGCGCAGCUCGACAUCUUCCGUUCCGACUAUGAGCAAGAAAAGGAAGCGAAGAAAGAAGUGAUUCGCGAAAAGAAUAAACUCGUUGAGCAGAUUCAAGGCCUCACUGAAAAAAAUCAAGAGUUGAGGAAAGAUGUUGAUCGAUUGAGACAACAAUCUCAGCGUCUUCAGCCACGCCCAACUUCAGAGCGAACUGAGGGACCUGUUGAAAAUGCGAGCGCCUCAGGAAUGAUUCAGCUUUACACGUGUCCGGUAUGCGGUCAUAAGUUUUCAAGUUUGGACCCUUUGGUGGAGCACGUAGACGAAUGUAUGAGACUUAUCGAACAAUAUUAAAUCGUUAUUCGAUUUCUUAAUUUCCAUAGUUCGAGACUCGAUACUGCAACAUUUGCAGGCAGUACACACGACAUGGAGAGUGGCAUGGAUGGGGCUUUUGCCAUCCUGAAUUCGACUAAUCAUUUUCGGUAAUGUGACUUUGAAAAAUCGCUCCUUGAAUUAUUUGUCGAUUUGCCCUUAAAAAAAAAUAUAUAUAUAUAUAUAUAAAGGUGAAUCUUCUUUCAAAGUUUUUGAUUUAGGGGAAACCUGCCCACAGUGGAUAAUCGUUAAUUAAAUAUACUAAUAUAUGUCAAAUAAUUUAAAUAAUCGUUAAGGCACUAUAAGUUUACAUUAAAAUUAAUUGUUUUUCUUUUAUUUAUGCUCUUAAUUAAUCAUUAUCCACUGUAUGGAGGUUUCUCCUUUCUUUAUUCUGCAUUAAUGGUAUUCUAAAUCAAGUUUAGAGUGCUUUAUGAUGAAUUAGUUUUCUGUAUGUCUAAAUAGAUUGUACAAAGCGAAAAUCAGUGAAAAUAGUUAUUGCUAAAAUUACUUAUCCUAUAAUUAUUUACUGUUCUACAAAGUAAAGAGUCAUUCAGGGAUGGUAGAUACGUAAAAAGCAAUGAGAAAUGAUAUAAUAGAAGCUUUUAAGUUAAAAGCAAGAUAUACUGUAAAAUCUUCUGUACCUAAAUAUAUUUUAUAUACAAUAAGGUAGGAUAUAAAUCUUGAUCAUAUUUGGGUAGUUA